AUGGCCAUGAGUUCGUAUCUGGUGAACUCGAAGUAUGUGGACCCCAAAUUCCCCCCUUGCGAGGAAUAUUUGCAGAACAACUACCUAGCCGAGCAAGGCUCGGAUUACUACGGCGCCUCGCAAGACUCCGAUUUCCAGCACCAGGGACUCUAUGCGCGGCCAAACUACAGCGGGCAGCCGUCCUACAGCUGCAGCAAUGCCCAAGGCUCGGCGGUGCAAGCGCGGGGUCACGGACAGGAGCAACCCGGCCUGACGGGGCCCAUCCCCGGGCAAGGGGAGCCCUGCCCCCCGCCCCCAGUGACUGCCCCCAGGACUUGCAGCCAGCACCCAAAUCUCAAAAGCCCGAACGGGUCACCCGCAGCAGCAGCAGCAGCAGCAGCAGCAGCCAAGCAGCCAGCCGUGGUGUAUCCCUGGAUGAAGAAAGUCCACGUGAACUCUGUAAAUCCAAACUACACAGGAGGAGAACCAAAGCGCUCUCGCACAGCUUACACCAGGCAGCAAGUCCUUGAACUGGAAAAGGAAUUUCACUUUAACCGGUACUUGACCAGGCGGCGCCGGAUUGAAAUCGCCCAUACGCUGUGCCUCUCUGAGCGGCAAAUUAAGAUCUGGUUUCAGAACCGAAGGAUGAAGUGGAAAAAAGACCACAAAUUGCCCAACACCAAAGGCCGCACAUCCAGUUCCUCCUCCGCCUCCAGCCAUCACUUACAAACUGUUUCCAAGGAACACCAAACGGAUUUGACCACUUUAUAG